AUGAGCAGCCAGCGGCAGCAGUCCCUGUUCUUCGUGGACUCCCCGGACCUGCAGAAGCUCUGUGCGGUCAGGGUCACAAUUCCCUCGGCCGGAAAGCCGGAGCCGGAGGUCAGGACCGUACAGCUGAAGAUGAGCAGGCACCUGCUGCUUCUGCACCGCGAGGUCCUUACUGCACCUUUCCCGCAGGCCGUCAGCCAGCUCUGGGUGGUGACAACGAUACCGUUUUAUAAAACUGGAAAAAUCAGUGCCUUUCUUGAGCAAUAUGGAGCUAAGAUGGAGGCUCCACAAAAGGUAGUUCCUGCGAUUCUUCAAGACUGCCUUACACAUUCACUCACGACUAGACUUGCACCAUCCUGGAACAGAACCGGUCAUCUCUUGGUGCAAGGAAGAGGAUUUCUUUCUCGGAUGGGAAAGCAGAAUGCUGUUGUAUUGGACAUCAGUGUAACAGAAACCCAAAUUUGUCUAAGUGUAGAAGUUUAUACAAUCAGACUGCCACCACCUGAGCUACGAGAGUUUGCGAUUUCUCCAAAUGUCAUAAAGGAUUUCCAUACUAACGAGGAAGCUACCAUCGAGGGCCAUUCGAUCUUAAACAACUGGUGCUAUGUUCUGCCAAGUAUGAAAAUGGGACAGAUAUCAAAUAUUGUUCACAAGAUGCCCCCCGAAUGCCCUUUUAAGUCAUAUGAAGAACUCCAGAUACACUGGAAUGACAUGUACGGCUAUAAACUUCCCGAAGAUGCUGGAAAUUUUCAAAUAUACUGCAGUGUUUACUUCAAAAUGGUAGGACAAAGGAUCUUUACAUACCCUCUCAGCUGCAUCCGGACUCAGCCGGUGCAGUUCUUCCCGAGGAUAGACUUGGAAGGUGUACUGAAGAGCUUUGCUGCAGACUUGAGGAUUAAGCUGCCCCACAUAUGCGGACUGCCCGUAAAGAUGACCGACAACCCCUGCUUUCACACGUACAAGCUGACUAGGCCUUGUGUCCUGGAAAACCAACACACGCCCCCCAAUCUGGUCACUCAUAUAACAUUCACGCCGGCUCACAUGCGGGCCCCUUCUGCCAGGUCUGACUCAGCUCCGGGUCUUCCACCGAGUUCAGCAACAUCAGACCACAAGGUGGCACCUUCAGCCAGCCAGACAGGCCCUGCGCAGAGCCGAAAGAAAUCCUUGUCUGGCAGUGCAUCUCAAGCCCGUGAGGAAGUAUUCUUCAUACCUCACAGAAGAAAUACUCACGGUCAAGACACACAUUCUCGACACUCAAAAGCUGGUGUGUCCUCAACUCUGCUCCUCCCACCAGGGUUUCCUCACAGCAAAAAGAGGUCCUUGUCAAGCAAGGCCAAGCACAUGGAGUUACCUGUGGCCCACAGAGCCAAGAUUCAAACUCCAGACAGACAUUCCAUUCACCGGAAGCAUAAUGUUUUCUCAAAUCCACUCCUCUCAUCUGCAUCUGCUCACAGCAGAAAAAGAUCCUCGUCUCACAAGGCACCUCACGUGCAUGUGGAGGAGCCCCUGACUCCCAGAGGAGACACUCAAGCUCAAGACACACAUUCCAGUCACCUAGAGUCUAGUGAAUCCCCGGUUGUGGUCCUGCCACCAGAAUCUCCUGAGAGUAGAAAUAACUCCCUGGCCAGUGUGGAAGUAUCCAGGCCCCACAGAGAAAAUACUAAUGUUGAAGACACAGAUUUCAGCCAACCCCAGCCUGGCACAUCCUCAACUCUGCUCCUCUCACCAGGAUCUGCUCAGAACAGAGAGAACUCCUUCUCUAACUUGGCACCUCAGGUGCAUGUGGAAGAGCCCGCACCCCACAGAGGAAACACUCAGGUUCAAGACACGCAGGUUAGCCCUCAACGUGACAAUGUCCCUAGAUUCAUGUCUGCUUUUAAAAAUCAAUUGUUGCGAAGAAGCAAAAUUCUCUUAGGACAAAAAUUGAAAAAGCCUGUUGCUAGAGAAUCUCAGUUGGCUUCCACUCAAACUAUUGUGAUCCAUGAUGAUCCACCAGAUGCAGAUUCAAACAGAGAAGAUCAGUCUGAUGAGGCUGUUCAGAUAAAUCCACCGGACGUAGAUUCAGAUACAGAUCAAUCUGAUGAGAACGUUCAGUUAAAUGAUGGACAUUUAAACCAGACAUCUAGACCUCCGCAAGAAAGGAUUGCUAAGCCCUGUGAGAGUGUGACAGAAGACUCUCCUUCUAAUGAAACAGCCCUGACUGUGAAUGGAGCUGAAAGUCAAUUACAGCCUGGCAGCACCACAGAAGACGCUGGUGACCUCCAAGUGAAUGGAAACUCCACAAGUAAAUACAAAGAGAAAGGCCGUGAGAGACUAAGAGUGAAAAGACAGCCGCAAGGGUCAGAGACAGAAAUGAGAAAUCCUCAACAACUAAAGCAAAAACCAGUAAAUCAAACUCAAGAAGUUGGUAUAUGUGACCACAGAACUGCCCACAGGUCUAAAAGAAAAUUGUGUGAAGAGUCUUCAAAAGUGUCAAAGAAGCUUCACUUCAAAUGUGCCAGCCAUGAGCAGCAGCAAGCCAGCUGUGGUCGGAACCAGACACAUGACUUAACCAAGUCAAAAUCCAAGAAAUGUCACAGUUCGCAAAGUUUAGAACAUGGAUGUGAAAGGACAUCUCCACCAGAAGAGGAGCCGGACCAAUCUGCUGUUUUACGUACCGAAGACACCAGUGAAGAUUCUGAUUCAUCCUAGAGAUGGGGGCUGUGAAAAGCUGCAUGACUGCAAGUCUGAUUAGGAGAAGCAGAACCGUGUCUCCUGGCCCGCACACUAGCUGCUUUGCUUGUCUCGUGCACACACAUUCACUGUCCCUAAGAACUGUUCACAUGUCCAUUAGGUCUGACAGUACUUGUCAUUUCAUAUUUACAUUACUUUUAUUCCCAGUAUAUGUUGUUAGCUUUAUAGAAUUAUAUAGCUUACAUUGUAGGUUUCAAAUAUUAAGAAAUCAUUUUGUCUGCAUAUAUCUAGAAUCUUAAGGGGAUCAGCUAUUACAUUAAGUAGCCUAUGUAAACCAAAACCAAUACCAAAAUUAUCUUUAUGGAAAUGGGAAAUACUUUUCAUACUGUAUUUUUCAUUGGCAUACUAUAUUAUUUAUAUCUUAAAUUUGCAAUAUUUGUUGAUAGUAAGCAACAAACUGUAUUAUUUGUACUUGGUUUUGUGUUUUAUAAUAUUAUUUAUAUUUUAUACUUUUGGGUAUUGCUCUAGCAAAUAGGAAAAAAGAAAGUUUAAUGAUGGCUAGAUUUGCUUUUGUUAACCAGCUCUCUAGCAUUUUCUUUCUUUUCUUCUUCUUUUUUAGCCAGAGCACUGUUUGUUUCUCACUUAGGGAGAUGCCAGGGACCCCAAGCCUCACAAGCUGUUAUGUUAUAUAUCUCUGGUCCUUGCUUUCACUUUUAAAGUCUAUGUCAUCUGGUUAUUAUGCUUGCAGUAGAGAUAUACUCGAUGUUUCUUAAUACUUCCGAGUGUAAACAUUCACAAAUGCUUAAGGAUUCGUGGCCAUUGCUUACUGGGUGGGAAUGCUGAUGCCGGUGUAUCCUGCAUGGUGUCUUAGUUUCAAUAAACCAACGAAGACUUGUUAGAUAGACCCA